AUGGAUUCCGGAAGAGGGGAGGUGAUUUUCGAGAGCGUGUUCUUCCGAUUAUUCAGUGACGGCCAUGUCGAGCGUACCGGCGGCAGGGGCACCGUGCCCGCUGGCUUCGACGCCGACACCGGAGUCACCUCCAAAGAUGUCGUUAUCGACGCCGCCACUGGCGUCGCCGCGAGGCUGUACCUUCCAGCCAUCCAGAGGGUCAGGACGCCAUCGGGGUCCGACAACAGCGGCACGACGAAGAAGCUUCCCAUCCUCGUCUUCUUCCACGGCGGCUUUUUCAUCGUCGGCUCAUCCCGUGACCCCAACUUCCACCGCUACGUGAACUCGCUUGUCGCGAACGCCCGCGUCGUCGCUGUCUCCGUCGACUACCGCCUCGCGCCUGAGCACCUGCUCCCUGCUGCCUACGACGACUCCUGGGCCGCGCUCAACUGGGCGGUGUCCGGCGCGGCGGAUCCUUGGCUGUCCGACCACGGCGACCUCGGCCGGGUAUUCGUGGGCGGCGCCAGCGCCGGCGCGAACAUCGCCCACAGCAUGGCCAUCGCCACGGGCAUGAACGGCGGUUUGCAAGCUGCACCGCCUGCUUCGGCGCGCAUAGAAGGCGUGAUCCUACUCCACCCUUCGUUCUGCGGCGAACAGAGGCUGGAAGACGAAGCAAAAGAGUUCUGGGAAGCGAACAAGAAGAGGUGGGCGGUCAUCUUCCCCGGCGCCAGCAAUGGAUCGGACGACCCCAGGAUUAAUCCGAUGGCUGCCGGCGCUGGUGAGCCGGGCCUGGCGAAAUUGGCAAGCAAGAAGCUGUUUGUCUCCACGGCGUCGGAGGAUCCCAGGGCGCCAAGGGGCCGAGCGUACUGCGACGCCGUGAGGACCGGCUGUUGGACCGGGAAGCUGCAGUGGUUCGAGUCACAAGGAUGCAGCGUCAACGCCUACACUGUGUCCGUGCACUGA